AUGUUCAAGAGAAAUCUUUCAUCUUCUUAUUCUACACAGAUCGAUUUCAAGAAGCGUUUUCCUAACAAAAAGUUCUUCAAAUCGAACCAAGAAGACGAUGGUGUUGUCGAUCGAUUAUGUAAAAACAAGAGAUUUGGUGAAGCCAUUGAUGUUUUGUGUGAGGAGAGGCAUUUGGGAGAAGCUGUUCAGCUUCUGGGUCGAGUGAAGAAGCCACCUGCUUCUACUUAUUGCAGUCUUAUACAAGUUUGUAGCCAAACACGGGCGCUUGAAGAAGGUAAAAAGGUACAUGAACACAUUAAAACAUCUGGGUUUGUACCUGGAGUUGUUAUAUGGAAUCGUCUUUUGGGUAUGUAUGCGAAAUGUGGUAGCUUGGUUGAUGCACGGAACGUGUUCGAUGAAAUGCCGCAGAGAGAUGUGUGUUCGUGGAAUAUAAUGGUAAAUGGUUAUGCGGAGGUUGGGUUGGUUGAGGAAGCGAGAAAGCUGUUUGAUGAAAUGCCUGAAAGAGAUAGUUAUUCGUGGACUGCUAUGGUUACAGGGUAUGCUAAGAAGAAUCAGCCUGAAGAUGCAUUGGUGCUGUAUAGUUUGAUGCAAAAGUUACCGAAUUCAAAAGCUAACGUUUUUACGGUUUCCAGCGCGGUAGCUGCUGCUGCUUCGAUUCCAUGUAUUCGUAGUGGGAAGGAAAUUCAUGGGCAUAUCGUUCGAGCUGGUUUGGAUUCUGAUGAGGUUCUCUGGAGUUCGUUGAUGGAUAUGUAUGGAAAAUGUGGCUGUGUUGAGGAAGCAAGAAACAUAUUUGAUAAGAUAGUCGACAAAGAUGUUGUCUCAUGGACGUCAAUGAUAGAUAGAUAUUUCAAGUCACGUAGAUGGCGAGAAGGGUUUUCUUUGUUUUCUGAGUUGGUAGGUUCUUGUACACGGCCCAAUGAGUACACUUUUGCUGGAGUAUUGAACGCUUGCGCUGAUCUAACAUCAGAGGAGCUAGGGAAGCAAGUUCAUGGUUACAUGACUAGAAUUGGGUUUGAUCCCUCCUCUUUUGCAUCAAGCUCUCUUGUAGAUAUGUACACAAAAUGUGGAAACAUUGAGAGCGCAAAACACGUUGUCGAUGGAUGUCCUAAACCCAAUUUAGUUUCUUGGACUUCUUUGAUCGGCGGGUAUGCCCAGAAUGGGGAACCUGAGAAAUCCUUAAAGUACUUCGACUUGCUCCUUAAAUCCGGUACCAAACCUGAUCACAUUACCUUUGUAAAUGUCCUCUCAGCUUGUACUCAUGCUGGAUUGGUCGAAAAAGGACUCGAAUACUUCCAUUCGAUAACAGAGAAACACGGGUUAUCGCAUACAGAUGAUCAUUACACUUGUCUUGUUGAUCUAUUAGCUCGGUCUGGGAGAUUCGAACAAUUGACGAGCAUCAUCAGUGAAAUGCCGAUGAAACCGAGCAAAUUUCUUUGGGCUUCUGUGCUUGGUGGGUGCAGCACGCACGGAAAUGUUGAUCUAGCUGAGGAAGCGGCUCAAGAACUGUUCAAGAUAGAACCCGAAAAUCCCGCUACUUAUGUUACAAUGGCUAACAUCUAUGCUGCAGCAGGAAAGUGGGAGGAAGAAGUAAGAAUGAGAAAGAGAAUGCGCGAUAUCGGAGUCACAAAGAGUCCUGGUUCAAGCUGGACAGAGAUCAAACGGGAGCGUCAUGUUUUCAUGGCUGCGGAUACUUCACAUCCAAUGCAUAACCAAAUAGUUGAGUGUUUGGGUGAACUGACGAAGAAGAUGAAAGAAGAAGGGUAUGUUCCCGCUACGAAUCUUGUAUUGCACGACGUAGAAGAUGAACAGAAAGAAGAGAAUCUUGUGUACCAUAGCGAGAAACUCGCUGUUGCGUUUGCGAUUUUAUCGACACAAGAAGGAACCGCGAUUAAGGUGUUUAAGAAUUUGAGGUCUUGUGUUGAUUGUCAUAGUGCAAUUAAGUUCAUAUCGAAGAUCACAAAGAGGAAGAUAACAGUAAGGGACUCGACUCGGUUUCAUUGCUUUGAGAAUGGACAAUGUUCUUGUAGAGACUAUUGGUAA